GGGCGGCGGGCCGGGCCCGGAGGGGAGAGGGCUGAGGGGAGAGGGGUCGGUGUUCCUCCCGAACGGCGCCGCUGGCACGGGGCAGGCCGCUGAGGUGAGUGAGCCCCGGCCCCGUGCCGUCCCUUUGCCCUCGCUGUUCUCAGCUCUGGGAGGGAGGGGGCGAGCGCGGCCCGUCGGCCCUUAUAAGUAAGGGGGUGGCAAUGGCCCGAAGUUGUGUUGAGGAGGUUAGGUUGGAUUUUGGGAGAAGGCUUUUCACGCAGAGGGUGGUCGAGCACUGGAAUAGGCUCCCCAGGGAAGUGGUCAUGGCCCCAAGACUGCCAGUUCACAAACCUUCACAAAUCACGGUGAGAUUCUUGGGGCACCGUGUGCAGGGCCAGGAGUUGGACUUCAUGAUCUGAGUCCAACUCAGAAUAUUUUGUGUUUCUGUGAAAAGGUGGAGCUCAGAGGAGGAGCUGGGGUUACCCUCUCUCAGCAGAGCUUGCAUGUGAAACUGCAGGAGUCUCCUGAGCAUCCUCCUGCUUUCCCUGUGCGCGUCCGGUCGUUUUGUGACCCGAGCUUGAGAACCGAGGGAGCCGCGGUGCGGUUUGAUGUGUCCUGGGCCCGCAGGAAUGCUGGCCGCGUUUGCCGUGUCUUGUUGCAGGUUGGCAGCAGGAGCAGGGGGAUUCCUGGAGCAGUGGCUGCAGCGACAGGACUGACGCAGGGUCACUGGUGCUGUGUCUUCCUUCAGUACGCCAUGGAGCAUCAUCCAAGGUCAUAUUUAUGCCUGUUUUCUAGAAGCCAAGGAAAGGUCACUUGUCAAGGUCAUCUGGUGCCGAACGAGUCUCUCCAGUCCAAAUACAUUUUUAAUUCCGUCAUUCCCUGUAAAGCAAACAAGUGGGAAUUGUUGAUGUAAGAUAGAUGUUGGGGUCGUGCCAGCACUAUAAUUACCCUGUGACAGGGUGUUAGGAUUAGGGAUGUGGGAGAUGGCAGAAAGAGCUGGCAGCCGUGGAGGACAGGAGAGGAGCUGGGCCAGGCACUUCAGCAGUGGAUGAGGGGAAAAGCAGCGAUCAAGAAAGUGUCCAUCCCAGAACUGGAAAGCAACAGGUGGAUGAGGUGUAUGAAGUGCUUGGCUGCUGUGCUGUGCUCGGAGGAGGAGGAGAAAGGGGAGGAGGAGGGAGGAAGCCUCAGCUCCUUCUGCUUCAUUUCUGCGGACGCUGUCACACAGCUGAGCAGGCAAGCACCUUGCAGCCAUGUUAGCAUUAAUUUUGAAAGAAUAAGCAAUUUUACCAGUCUAAUCCUCUCUUGUCAGUCUGCACAGUCACUCCCUGCUGAAGCUGGUGGAACCUGGCCAGCCAGCAGCCAACACAACAUUUGCUGCUACCUGAUAGAAACCAUCCUGCUGAGAGACGCAGGGCAGCGCCGCGGAGAUCGCAGCUGUAGGAGCAAGAUAGAGCAUGGAAGAAAGCAGGGCAGGCUCAAACACUGUGGAGCAGUUGUGGAUCUUCAGAACCCAGCUGUCCCACACAGGCCUUUUCUCAUUUUUAUUCCAGCAACUGGCAUCGAGGGCAUGCUUUUUCUAGCAGUCUCUCUUGUCCAAACCUUUCCAGAUAUUAACAGAUGGCUGUAUUUCUGCAAAACAAGGCAGAGUGCCACAUUCCAUAUGCAGAGCCCUAGUGUUUUAUGAGGCUUUAUUGUAAUUUGUAGCAAAAUGCUCUCAGGUGGUUCCCAACUCUGAAGUCUGUUUUUUGUCCCGCGUUGAUGCUUCUUGAAGAAGAAACUCAGAUGUUUCUAAAUGUUACAAUACAUGCAGAAAUAGUUUUCCUUCUCAACUGAAGGAGAUAAUCACAUUUUAUCAAAACUAAAAUGUAUUUUAAAUGGCUACGUGAAAAUCUUCCUGAAUCACUGUUUAUUGGGAAUAUCUCCAGUAGGUAAGAGUCCUUUCUUCUGUACUUUUUUAUCAGGGAUCGUGUGUCUAUUCUCAACUUUCUCCUGCCAAAAGAUUAUUUGUUAAGCAUCCAA